AUCUCCUUUGAUUGGCUCCCGGGAAUAGUUGAACAAGGCUUUGUAGCCACCCUUAAGUAUUUUUCGGUAAGGGGUUUUAUUGAUUCGUCGUCUCCUGUCCUCCUAUAAACACCCUUCAACCUAUCAUUCAUCAUCCACCUCGCAGCUUCACACACUACACCUUCUGAACCGGCACCAGGCGCAAAAUGGCCACGGCUCUCGGAAAGCGCAAGUUGCGCGCCCAGGAACAGGAACCAGCGGUGUCGCAGGAGGAAGCCCAAGCUAUUUUCCGCCGGCACUUCGAGGCCCAAUUCGCGCCCCUAGAGGUGUCAAGCCCGAUCGCCCUGCGGAAAGAAACCGGGCCAGUACCAGAAGUCGAAGACCUGCGCUCAGAUUCCGACUCGGACAACGAUUCGUGGGCGGGCGUCUCCGGCCCCGAAUCUGACGCGGGGUCAUCGGCGACGACCAAGGCCGAGAUAAUCGAAGUCGUCUCGCACACGCGCUCGCCGCGCCCGCUUCUCAGCGACGUUCUAUCGAAGCGCGAAAGCAAGGCCUACCUGUCCUCGCGCCCGCCGCCCCCGUCGACCGAAACAGGCUCUGCUGCCACCGCGACGGCGGCGAAGCGCAAAGCCGGCGCCGCGACGAUGGACGAGGACGCGCCGUCGCUGCUGAGGAACGACCUCGAGCUGCAGCGCCUGCUCUCGGAGUCGCACCUCUUCUCGUCGCUGUCGCCCGGCGACGGCGCCGGGGCGAUGGAGCACACGGGCCGCAACCGCCACCUGGCGACGGACCUGCGGCUCGCCGCGCUCGGCUCCAAGGCCAGCAUCUACAGGCAGGCCAAGAUGCCCAUGGCGCACCGCAAGGGCAUCGUCGCGGCCGCGGGCGCGCGCGAGGCCAGACGGCGGAGGGAGGCGCGCGAGAACGGCAUCGUGCUCGAGCGGCCGGCGAAGGGGGGCCGGGCGGCGGCGGCGGGCCGUAAGCGGGCCGGCGGCCGAGCUCCGAAGAGGCAGCGGCCCGUCGACGCGCCCGCCGUCGGCACGUUGCGGAACGGCAUGCUGAAGCUGAGCCGCAAGGACAUCAGCGCCGUCCAGAGCGACGGACUGCGAGCUGGGGCCAGAGGCGGGAAGAAGAGGAGAAGGUGAGGGGCCGGGGCAGUCUAAGAGGAGAAGGUGCUGGAUUCGGUCGAUCUUCGUCCAAGGCUAGGCCGCACGAUCGUCCAUCCAGGCCGCACCACUCCAAGACGACCCGUCACGAGCAUAGGCAGCCGUUAGG